AUGUCUGGAGAAUUACCAGCCAUCUCCUGGAAGGAAGACCAGCUAGAUUUCUUUGGCGAAAAUGUCACCCUCUACCUGCCCAGCACAAUCACAAAAGACGAGCUAGAAAACCACAAAGCCUUCCGAGACUGGAAACAAGUACUGCACAAGAACCUCUCGGCCCAGGCAGAGGACAAACACCCAUUCCACGCACACCAGUACAAACUCCGGUGGAUCGAGAUCCAAUCUGUCGACCGGUUCCCGCCCAUGAACAUCAUAGGCUUUAUCAAGCUGAACGCGCGCAUAGAGCGUGACCACAUGCCGGACGACGACACCCCAGGCCAGCAGGCGCCGCGGGUCCCCAAGACGCUGCCCGGGAUCGCCUUCCUGCGCGGCGGCAGCGUCGCCAUGCUGAUGAUCCUCAAGCCGCGGGACUCGCGUGACGAGCGCUACGUGGUGCUGACGGAGCAGCCGCGCAUCCCCAGCGGCUCGCUGCGCUUCCUUGAGAUCCCCGCCGGCAUGCUCGACGCCGAGAACAACUUCAAGGGCAAGGUGGCCGACGAGAUCGAGGAGGAGACGGGCUUCCGCAUUCCUCCUGCCGAGCUCGUCGACAUGACCGCUCUGGCCCUCAAGGACACGGACCACCCGGAGAGGACGAGCCUGCAGACGGCCAUGUACCCCAGCCCGGGCGGCUGUGACGAGUACAUUGCCCUGUUCCUGUGGGAGAAGGACCUGGACCGGCAGGAGAUCGAGGACCUCAAGGGCAAGCUCACGGGCGAGAGGGCCCAGGACGAGUCCAUCACCCUGCACGUCCGCGCCUACGAGGAUCUGUGGAAGGAGGGGGCCCGCGACGCAAAGACCCUGGCGGCCUGGGCGCUGUAUGAAGGCCUCAACAGGUCGGGAGAGCUGCAGGAAUAUCAGAAGCGGAAGAGGGAGAGCAGCUCCAGCGGCUCUUCGCGCUCGAAGGUGUUCGACAACAUAAUCAUGGUUGGUGAACAGUAA